UCAAAAAGCUCUGUGCCGUCCCGUAUUAUACAUACCACGCAGAAAUCUUGGAAUCGUCGUGAAAUAUCGGAUUCUUUUAAAAGAUGGAUUUAGCUUUGUGCAUAUUUUAUUCUAUGACUUUAAUUGACGCGGAGAAAAAACCUACGGAUUACAAUAUUAUUUAACUAAUUAAAAAAGUAUCAAUUAUAGAAGUUGAUUUACUUGUUAUCAUUGAACGACAAUUAAUUAACUUGGAAUUAAGUACAUUUAACAGGAGUUGAAAAAGCGAUGAGUUUGACUCCACGCCCAAACUGAGAGAUGGGGGAGCGCUAUGCACGUCAAAGACACGAUACGAUUUCCAGUACUGUCUUUAGAAAAACUAUGCUCCGUUUUGUGGGCAAUAAACGGGCUACUCUUAUUAGCUGAAGGAAUAUUAUAUUUGGAAGUUCGGCCGAGAGUAACAAUGUCUCUCGAAGCGGGGUCACCCACUGAACCUUACCGUGAAGACGCUAAAUCAGACAUGGAUACAAGGAACGGAGACAAAGAUAAAUUACUGCCUGUUACCUCGAAGGAGGAGGACGUAGCUGCAGACAGCGACGAAACCGUGCGGGAUGUUCAUGUGUCGGAAUCUACCACCGGAAGUUCCCCUCAACACUCGUCACCGAAGCUGUCCACACCUCCACACAGGAGGGCUGCGUCACUAUGUCCAAGCAUACAGAGAUCUGAUUCAGUUAAGUUUAAUAAGAAACCGGCCAAUGGAAACGCUAUAAGAUCGAUCAAUAUGGAUAAUACUCAAAGAACUCCGCGAGCUUCUAAACGCGUUCCGAGUUUAAAACUUAAACGAAUGGGCGCGCAGUCACGGAAUUUAAACACUCCAAAUACACAGGAUAAAAUAGAUUCUGCUAUGCCGUGUUUGCCGCAGUGUGCGCGUGAAAAUCCAUCGAUUACGAUCACUAUAGAUUCGGACGAUGAUUCAAUAUACAGUGACUAUAUAAGUCCUGAAAUUAACUACAAGCCAGAAAUGAAGGUUCAAUUUAUCGGAGAUGAGACUAGCCUUUAUGGCACGCCAAAAGAGGAAUUAUUGCCGAAUAGUACAAAUAGUGUUAAUAUGGAAAAACCAAGUCCAACUAGUUUUUUGAGGGAACAAAUUUAUGCAUUUUUCCAACCUUCGGAUAAUAAGCUUGCUAUGAAAUUAUUUGGCAAUAAAAAUGCAUUGCUCAAAGAAAAGAUGCGGCAUAAACGCCAAGGGAACUGGGUUAUCCACCCUUGUAGCAAUUUCAGGUUUUACUGGGACCUCUUUAUGUUGGUUUUACUGAUAGCAAACCUCAUUAUAUUACCGGUAGCUAUCUCAUUCUUUAACGAUGAUCUCAGCACACAAUGGAUUGUUUUUAACUGCAUUAGUGAUACAGUCUUCUUCUUUGAUAUACUUAUCAAUUUUAGAACAGGAAUUAUCUUGAAUGACUUUGCCGACGAGAUUAUUCUUGAUCCUAAACUUAUCGCCAAGCAUUAUUUUAAAUCCUGGUUUUUCCUGGAUCUGAUAAGUUCCAUACCAAUGGACUAUAUAUUUCUAAUGUGGGACUCGGAGGCGAAUUUUAGCCAACUCUUCCACGCAGGUAAACAAGACGAGUUGGACGCAUCCCCAUACUGGCAAGGUCGUGCCUUGCGCAUGCUUCGUCUUGCAAAGCUGCUAAGCUUAUUACGUUUGUUACGGCUCUCCCGAUUGGUCCGUUAUGUUCAACAAUGGGAAGAGGUCAGUAUGUUACGUGGAACAAUGAAUAUGUUUCCGGCCUUGCGUAGAAGCAAGUUCAGUCAGUUUUUAGCAGUUGCUGGUAAGUUUAUGCGGAUCUUCAACCUUAUCUGUCUUAUGUUUUUACUUGGACACUGGAACGGUUGUCUGCAGUUUCUCGUCCCAACUCUACAAGACUUCCCUAAAGAUUGUUGGGUAUCGAUUGAAGAGCUGCAGGAUGCCCACUGGGCUCAUCAGUACACAUGGUCUCUAUUUAAAGCCCUGUCACAUAUGUUAUGUAUUGGAUACGGUCGUUUCCCGCCACAAAACAUGACCGACACGUGGUUGACCAUACUGAGCAUGCUCAGUGGCGCCACUUGCUAUGCAUUGUUUCUAGGUCACACUACAACCAUAAUUCAGUCGUUUGAUACUUCAAGACGAUUAUAUAAUGAGAAGUUUAAACAAGUUGAAGAAUAUAUGAUAUACAGAAAAUUACCUCGUUCAUUGCGACAAAAGGUAGCCGAGUAUUAUGAACACAGGUACCAGGGGAAAAUGUUUGACGAGGAGAGGAUUCUCGGAGAACUCAACGAAUGUUUACGUCAGGAUGUAAUAAACCACAACUGCAGAUCUCUAGUCGCUUCAGUGCCAUUUUUUACAAACGCUGACCCUCAGUUCGUAUCUGAAGUGGUGAGCAAACUACAGUUUGAAGUCUUUCAAGCAGGAGAUUAUAUUAUCAGGGAGGGAACAAUGGGCAGCAAAAUGUACUUCAUUCAGGAAGGUAUUGUCGACGUUAUAACAACAGAGGGGGAAGUAGCCACUUCUCUGUCAGACGGCUCCUAUUUUGGAGAAAUAUGUCUUCUAACGAAUGCAAAACGGGUCGCCAGUGUUAGAGCAGAAACAUAUGUAAAUUUGUACUCACUAUCAGUCGAGCAUUUCAAAGACGUCCUUGACCGCUAUCCAGUAAUGAGACGGACAAUGGAAAGUGUUGCAGCGGAAAGACUUACAAAGAUCGGAAAGAAUCCAAGUAUUGUGAGUAGUCGUGCUGAUUUAGAUGAAGACCAGCGAUUGUUGAAUGAAAUAGUACUGGAGUCGACUCCAGUCGUAACCAGUGCUAGUGAAGACGAAGACAAAGAUUCCGACGAUAGUUCCGGAAGUUCGAAAAGUAAUAAAAAUAAGAAAAAGUUUAAGUUAGAUUUCAGUGCAAAGUUGCACAGAAUUACAGAAGAAAGGAAAUCUAGGUCUAGGGAGAAUUUGAAGGAUGUUCAUGUAGAUAGUAGGUUUAGGAAUAUCCUUCGGAAAGCUCCUUCAGGGCCAAAUCUAUUUGGGCUGCUAGCCCCACCUGUUUUUAGUGAAAGAAAACGUUCUGGAAGUGUUGGUGCAAACUUAGGGAUGAUUAUGGAGAGUUUUACAGAGGACAGUUCUCAUAAAAAAAGAGAUGACAGUAGUAUAGGAAACAAAUUCUUUAAAGUAUUUGAAAAAGAAGGAAAGAAACGAAAAUCCGAUAGUAGAACAUCUGUCUGUGAUGAAUCACCAACAUCGGAAGGAUUACAUAUGCAAUUUUUAACUGUUCCCCAUGAUAAAACUCCUAGUAAAUCUAAGGAGCACCCAAGUUCUCCGAAAUGUGAUACAAAGAAAGAACAAAUGCCUCAUAAAAGUGUUAUUAAAACUGAUUCAGGUCCCUCGAGCAAGUCAGAUAGACCUAUGCAAGUAAACUUUACGCUUUCCACAACUGAAGACGAGUUAACGCCCUUGACAACUUCUGACCAAUCAGAAUCGAAUACAACUAAGAAAAAGAAAAUACGACACGUCGAUUUUGAAGAGGCAAAACUUAUUCCAUUUAACAACGGCAAAAGCUCGAGUGAUGAGGAGGUUAAAAAAUGUGAAUCACCGUUAUAGAUGCCAAACUUCAAAAGGUCUUACAGCUGGGAGGAUAAAAAAGGCCGCCAUAUAAUAUAUAAUUAGUUACUGUGAUCAAUAGAACUUUCAUAUACAUGUUAAAUAUGCAUUCUGUGUACAUAUAUAAUUAUUUACUUAGCUUAACAAUGGUAUGACAAAACAAUUUUACCUGUCAAACCAUUGUGAAAAGAAAGUAUGUGUAUAUCGAUUUUUUUCAAAACGUUUCCGAUUUUUUUUUAUAAACUUUUCAAGGAUUUUAGUUUUUAAUUAAAAAGAAAUAUGUCAAAAUUGUCAAAAAUCUACCUUCUUCCACUUUUUUUUCAAUUCGUUGACUUUUGUUCUGAUAAUUUAUAUAUAUGAUAGCUAUUCAGUUGAAUUCAAUGACGUCAGUGCUCAAGAGCCAGCAUUAUUUAUAAUUUUAAACUUUUUAAACAAGAAAAUAAUGCUUUGUUUACAAUUGUCUAAUAAAUGUGUGAUUGUAGCUCUAUAUCAUUUUCUCCUAACUGAAGCAAAUUCUUCAAAACACAUAAGGGUUAGAUGUUAAAUUGUUUAUUCUUUUCACCAUAUCUGUUUCUAAAUUAUAAUCUGUUAAAAUUAUUUUUAAUUCGUAAUCACUUUGGUUAACAAAACAUUCAAUGGUAUAAGAUAAACAUAUCAUAAAAAUAAAAAUGUUUGUUAAAGGCAAGAAUCAUUCAUAACCUAAAAAAAAGAUAAAUCAUUAUUUGUUCACCUAUAAUGGUUAGUCACUUAACGUCUGUGUGUAUUUAUCAAAUCGUAGUUAAUGCAACCCAUAUCUUAGUUAAAAGUAAAACUUCAUUUGUUGUCAUGGCUAUCAUUUAAACAGUCAAUGUAUCAAAGUAGCUUUGUCCCAUGUGUAUCAUCUUUGUCCAGUCUGCCGAGUAAUUUGGUAAACCGGUCAAAAUUAUGGGUAAAUCUUUAAUUAAUGACAUUGUAGACAUAUAACUAUAGCAGGGCAAUAUAAAAACAUAAAUUAUAAUCAUGUCUCUUUGGCGUAUCAAUUAUUAUUCAUUGAUAGAUUGAUAUUAAAUUCUCCCAUCUAAAGUUGCAUUGACAUGCAUUGAAAUUAAAUACAUUGCUUCAUUAUAUGAACUGUGAAUUAAAUAUCAUAAUAUUGGUUUAAGAUACGAAGUACAAUGUUGGAAAUUCAUGAUUGAAUUUAUGGUUUUAUAUUGAUAUCUUAGUAUUUUAGACAUAUCUGUAUACAUUCCUGUGAUGACAUUAUUCGUCGUGCUAUUUUUAGAACAGGUCCACGCGGUCACUUGUUGUGGGCGGUACUUAGAAUAGUGUUGAACUUAACUUAGAAUAGGGCGGGGCAACGAAGAAUAUAAACAAUAGCCUUGUAUGCCAAAUGGUCUUCCGGACGUUGUUUUCGUAUUCUUGUCCUCUUGUUUGUGGUUAAUGUAAACAUAUUAAUGAGCCGCGUCACGACAAAAACCAACGUUAUGCGUUUGCGACCAGCAUGGAUCCAGACCAGCCUGCGCAUCCGCGCAGUCUGAUCAGGAUCCAUGAUGUUCGCUAUCAGUUUCUCUACUCGUAAUAGGAUUGGUAAGCGAACAGCAUGGAUCCUGAUCAGACUGCGCGGAUUCGCAGGCUGGUCUGGAUCCAUGCUGGUCGCAAACCCAUUAUGUUGGUUUUGUCAUGCCACGACUCAUUUGAUUACUUUACUAAUUGUUAAAGGCGGCAGGCAUUCAUUACAAAAAUGAAUAAUCUUAAUACAAUGUAUAUAAAUGAAUUUCAAAAAUCAGAUGCAACACCAGAUGAAAUAAUUAGAAACAAUACAGACUAAAGGUAAACAUUGAAAAGUUUAAAUGUGCAUUGGAAACAGUGCAUGUACCUGUAGCUAGGUCAUGGUAUUAAUAUCUAGGUCAACUAAUAUGAAGUUUCAGUUCUGUAUCUGAAGCUAUGAUAAUAGUCCAAAUGUCAAUACUGUAGCUCUCAAUACAAAAGAGUAGGUCAUUGGUUAAAAAACUAGGUCAACUGAUAUAAAAGUUUAAUUCUAUAGUUAAUAUUGUGGUCGUAGUCCAAAUACAAAACAUAGAUAUCUUGUUCAAAUAUAGUAGAAAGUAUAUUUCGCAUAAAACUAAAUGUCAUAGAUACAAAAAUAGGGACAAUUGGUCAAAAUCUAGGUCAACUGAUAUCGUAGUUUAAAUCUGAAUCUGAAAUUCUGCAUAUAUAGAGCAUGUCCAAUUAUGAUUCCUAUAGCUAUAGUUAUAACAGAUUUGGUAGAGGACCACGAGUCGAUGUUUCAUGCCAAAUAUCUAAGCUCUAGUCCUUGCAGUUUUAACUGUUUUAUAUUUGGGUUGCUAUGACAACCAACCACUUAAAAUAAAUAAUUUUAAAAGAGCAUUAUGCCAGGAAUACACCUGUUAAGUUCUAACAAUACUGACCUAGUGUUGUCGGAGAUGUUCUUGAACGCCCUUUAGAGUAGGUGAGCUAACUUAAAGAAAUGAUUGUCGGCAGACUUGUCCUUAAGUCAAAUUAUUUUAUUCUUUUUUAUUAUUGUAUUCUUUUAAAUGCAAUGACCUUGUUCUAUGAUCAUUUUCUGUUUUUACUAU